AGGAAAAAGACCAGUUUCACUCUCAGGAAUCACAUACAGUCUGGACUGUUUGACAGCAGUAGCUCACACUCCCAGAUCUUCAUGCAAAAUGACACUGUCAAGGACUGUUAACUUGAUGUGCAUCCUGGUGAUGUUAACAGUGGGUUGCACUGCAGCAGACAUAGAAAUGACAGCCUUCAUUGGAGAAAAUGUGCUCCUACCGUGUCCCUGCUCUGAAACAACUGAUCAAGUGACAUGGCAGAUAAACGGCAAGCCAAUUGUGGUGAACCACUAUAAUGCUGAGGACAACACACCACGAGAUGAUUCAUUCACGAACAAGAGUCGCCUCUUCCUGCCCUAUCAGAAAGGAAACUGCUCUCUUCUUCUGUUCCAAGUCUCCUCUGAAGAUCAGAAGAUUUUUACGUGUUAUACUUUUAAUGAAUCUCAUAUGAAUACACAAAAUAUUAAUCUGACUGUUAUAGCAGAAUUGCCUGAAAGGGAUCCUUCAACAGAUCCUUUGCCUAUAGGAGAGACUAAAAAGCUUCAUGCAGGUCUCUUGGUUGGAAUUCUGUUAACACUUGCAGUGGUUUCAGGAGUACUUGGGUUCCUGCUGCUCAGAAAACAGCGUCAAAGGACACAAAGAAUGGGUUUCAUGGAUCCACAGGCAGGACUGCCAAUGGUGAAACCCAGUCCCGUGUGACAAACAUCAUCAAGUAACAUAAUCUCAUGUGACCCGUUAUCAUGGCUCUUAACUGUGAAGACGCCUUGGACUGAAUGCGAUCAACAUGAUUGUUGGGCAUUAGGAUGUUUGUUACUGAUGUUGACCACUGUAACACACUCCGUCUGUAUUUAUAUAUACAUUUGUACAUUAUCACAGGCAAUUACAUUAUUGUGAUCGAGUGAAAACAGGCAGAAUGUUUUGCAAUAAGGGAGUGAAUACUGUGAAUGUAGCUUGACAACACUUGUGGUUAUAAGCAUUCGUAUUUCCCAUGAGAACUUUCUCUCAGUGUUUUGAUAUUAAAGUGAGCAUUGCUGUCUGUGGAGCGGAACAGGAAAAACUAGUCAGAGCUGACACACGAAACCUGCGUUUACCAUUCCUUAUUUUUGGGGGAGGCAGAGGUGUUGCAAAACAGUCACGGCAUGAACAGCUCUUACAGCACCAAAGCACGUUCAGGUCUCCUUGUGUUUUAUGUCAUUUUGUAACCCCUACGACGAUAAAGGAAAGUUAAAUACACUCUAAUGAAAACAGGCACUAAAUUGUCACUGGUGUAUGUCUUCAGCAGCCUUCUAGUCAGGCAGAAGGGAACCCUCAGAGCCUGCUAGGCCUUAAGAGAAAGCGUAAUGAUUUUUGGGAAGUCCAAAAUGUUUAGUUCAUUUUUUAUUCUCUAAAAUUCUGCCUAUAUUUAAACUCAUCUAUUACAUUACUAUUCUUGUUCGACUGUUCUGGAUGGAAAAUUCUACUGCUGAGAAGAAAAUUAUACAAUCAUGAAUGGUUUUUCUCUGUGGUAUCUAGGCAGAUCUAGCUAAGUGAGCUCUCCUAUUGGUUCAAGAGCUGGAGUGAAGGAACGCAUUUGACCACUUAACUGUCAGCCUAAUUAGGAAGUGACAAUGGAAUUAACUAAUUAUGUUUUGAUCUCCAAAUGGCAGGACCGGUAUUGUGAGAAAAAAACGUCACUCUAGGUCUUCAGGAAGCCCUAGAUAUAUCACUGACUGUUAAUACGAGUGGAAGUUCUAUACCAGAGCUCACUACUGAAAGUGUCACUUUGAAACUGAUACAUGGUACAAUAUAUGCUAACUUGUCUGUCACAAGCUUUAAGUAAAACAAGGAAUGUCUUUUAAAAGCUCCAAAUGUCUGUGUAAUGUUCAUGCAAAUGGCCAAGCACAAACAAACUACUAGAACCCCAUAUGGAUGCUAGCAGAACUAAACUUUGUCACAGAGGUGGCUUUUUCCAUUAGUUUUAACAUGUAUUGCUCAAAUUUGAAGCACUAGCUAUAGUGGUCAUGUUUUGCCACUGUAGUUGGGGAACAUAACUGUACCAUAUUAUAUUGCAGAUCUCUUUUUUAAGUUGCAUGGACUCCAUACACACCCCAUCUUGACAGCAGGCUUUUUUUCGUACCUUUGAGGAUACAUGUGCAUUGUUUGCACAGUACCCUUUUCUUCUGACUUUGUUAAGAAUAUAUUAAAAAGGAGACAAGAAAAAACAAACAGGAGAAUUGUCGUCCCCCUGGACUUUAUCACUGGCCCUCCCAUUAUGUUGCACUCUUUGUUAUUUAUAUCUUUAUAUCAAGAGCCAAAGGUUAGUGGUGCUCACUGUAAGUUUUACUCUAGCUAAAAGUUCAAGAGGACUUUCUGUAUGUCCUGUAUAGUAGACUGACAACCCCACCUGAAUGUUUCACUGUACUCUGAUCAUUUAGAGUAGAUCAUUUUUUAAAUGUAUGCAUUGGCAUUAUGUUCACACUUAAACCUCCAUCUUGGAAGGUUUUCUUCUGGUGUUUGUUUUUGUUCUAAUGCUGUACUCCCUAUGGGAUAUUUUGGCUUGCUUGUAUUUAAAACAAAUACUGAUUAAGUGUAUUUUUGAAUGUUAUUACUUCUAAUAAACAAUGUUUUGUAAAUACUUUUA